AUGCCUCGUGUUACAAGAAGCUGCAAAACAAAGACUGAUACGAAAGAAAAUCUGGCUGAGCCUAAAAAAUUAACGCCAAAAAAACGAAAGAGUCCAGAAAAAUCAAAUUCAGAAAAUUCAUCAUCACCAAAAUCAGCUUGUUCGAAUUCUCUUUCACCAUUCAGAGAUCAAUUUGCUUCUAAGCUCAUGUUGGAUACUCCUGAAUGCAAUAAAUUUCGGUCAGCACGUCGCGCACUUGCUGACAACUCUGAUUUUAAUUUGCCGGGACGAGAAAAAGAAUUUGAGGAAUUAUCUGAAUAUUUAAAUGAUAUUAUAAGUCGUGAAGCUUACGGAAGCUUGUAUAUAAGUGGCGCACCAGGAACAGGAAAAACAGCAACACUUUUAAAAAUCAUCAGCAUGGAAAAAUUCAUGACAAAAUUGAGUAUCGGCUAUGUAAACUGCACAAGCAUAAGCACAAUUGGAUCAAUCUAUAAAAGAAUAUGCAAUGAAUUGAAUCUCAAGCUUAAGAGUGGAAGCAGUGAAAAGGAUUGUUUGGCAGCUCUUGAACAUUAUCUGUCAUCAAAACAUAAGAUGACUUUAAUCAUAUUAGACGAAAUGGAUCAAUUAUGCUCGACAGGAAAGAAGCAAGAUAUCUUGUAUCAUAUCUUUGAACUUCCAGCUAUUCCAAAAUCUAAACUUAUACUUGUCGGCAUUGCUAACGCUCUUGAUCUCACAGACCGGCUUCUAGUUCGUCUCCAAUCUAAAUGUGAACUUAAACCAAAAGUUAUGCAUUUCUCUGCUUACACAAAAGCUCAAAUCGUUGAAAUAUUUAAAAAUCGCUUCGAAGAGAGUGGCGUAAGUGAUUUGUUCCCACCAGCUGCCAUUCAAUUACUCGCUGCUAAAGUUAGUGCAGUUUCUGGAGACAUUCGUCGAGCACUUAGCAUUGGAAAACGUGUCAUUGAACUUGCUGAGCUCGAGAAGAAGAAAAAAUGUACGAAAAUUGAUUUAUCAAAAUUAGAAACAUUAAUUGAAGUAGAUGAGAAACCGCCAGUUGAAGAACCAAAAGUUCAAUUGAAAGAAGUCGUAACAGUUCUUAACACAGUUUAUGGAAAUGCUCAAACUCUUUCUUACGAUGUCGACGAUUCAUUUCCAUUGCUUCAGAAGCUUCUCAUUUGUACAUUGUUGCUGAUCAUCAAACAUGAUAAAAACAAGAACAUCACGGUCGGUCGUCUUCACGACGUUUAUAAGAAAGUGUGCAAAAAUCGUAAUAUUAAUUCAAUUGAUCUGUCAGAAUUUCUUAACUUAUGUCUUCUUGUUGAAACUCAUGGUAUUGUAAGAUUGACGAAGAAAAAAGAGCCAAGAUUUCAUCAAGUUCAAUUGCAAUGGGAUGAAGACGAAGUUUAUUCGGCACUUAAAGAUAAACAAAUGAUAACAAACGUUUUAAAUGACAAACAUUUGCUUUCGCGAUAG